AAUUCGUUUUCCCUCCUCUUCAUCUGCUUUAACGGCAAAGACUCAUCUCCGACGACGGACCUUCCUCUCUCUCUCUCUAGUUAUUCCGUAACGACCUCGGCUCGCGAUAAUGGUUACCUUUGGUGCGGCGGCGAACACUAACCCUAACAAAUCCUUUGAGGUUACUCCAUCUCCAUCGGAUUCUAUCUCGAGCUUGAGUUUUAGUCCAAGAGCCGAUGUACUCGUCGCCACUUCUUGGGACAAUCAGGUGAGGUGUUGGGAAAUAUCCCGUAGUGGAACCUCUCUAUCAAGUGCUCCAAAAGCAUCAAUUUCACAUGAUCAGCCGGUUUUGUGCUCUGCUUGGAAAGAUGAUGGAACCACUGUCUUUAGUGGAGGAUGCGAUAAGCAAGCCAAGAUGUGGCCCUUGUUGUCAGGUGGUCAACCUGUUACUGUUGCUGUGCACGAUGCUCCUAUUGUUGACAUGGCCUGGAUCCCCGGAAUGAAUCUCCUCGUCACUGGAAGCUGGGAUAAAACAUUGAAAUAUUGGGAUACAAGGCAGCAAACUCCUGUGCAUACCCAACAGCUUCCAGAUAAAUGCUAUUCAUUGUCUGUGAAACAUCCUCUGUUGGUGGUCGGAACUGCAGAUAGGAAUCUGAUCGUCUACAACUUGCAAAAUCCUCAGACCGAGUUCAAGAGAAUCGUGUCACCGCUGAAGUACCAGACGAGGUGUGUUGCUGCCUUCCCUGAUCAGCAAGGAUUUUUGGUUGGUUCAAUUGAGGGGCGGGUAGGUGUCCACCAUCUGGAUGGUUCUCAACAGGACAAAAACUUCACAUUCAAAUGUCACAGAGAUGGGAAUGAUAUCUAUUCUGUCAAUGCUCUGAACUUCCACCCAGUACAUGGCACUUUUGCCACUGCUGGCUCCGAUGGGGCGUUCCAUUUCUGGGACAAGGAUAACAAACAAAGACUCAAGGUGAUGUCAAGGUGCAGUCAGCCAAUUACUUGUAGUUCGUUUAACCACGAUGGGUCCAUAUAUGCCUAUGCGUCGUGCUAUGACUGGAGCAAAGGUGCAGAGAAUCACAACCCGGCAACUGCGAAAAGCAGCAUCUUCUUGCACCUGCCAGAGGAAAGCGAGGUGAAGGCGAAGCCAAAAGUAACAACCAGCAGAAAAUGAGAUUUGCUAAUUGCUUUUUAGUUUGACUUCUUCUUCUUCCCUUUAGUGGAUGGUGUUUUUUAGCUUUCUUCAUUUCGUUUUGGUCUUAAACAUGAAUUGUCUUGUCUAAGUACUACUCUCUAAAACAUAAUGAAAAGCACUUUCCCUCC